GCGGGGCCGCUGCCGGGCGCGGAGGGGUACCCACGUUUCCAGAGGGGUUUCGCUCCCUGCGCCGGGCCAGAGCGGCUUUGCGAGCGGCAGAGAUGUCCCAGGGCACAGCUGGAGCACAGGGUGCGCCCCAAGUGCAGCCGGAGGGGAAAGAGAGGCAGAGGAAGAGGAGGCGGAGGAAGAAGAAGGAGGGUAAGACGCGACUGGUGCGCUCCAACUUGCUGUUACUCGAGCCUGAGACGGAGAAGUCCAAGAGGACCGUCUUGGCCAGCAACCGCCUCAAGACCACCAAGUACACGGCACUGUCCUUCUUGCCCAAGAACCUCUUUGAGCAGUUCCACCGCCUGGCCAACGUCUACUUCGUCUUCAUCGCCCUGCUCAACUUCGUGCCGGCGGUCAACGCCUUCCAGCCGGAGCUGGCCUUGGCCCCCGUGCUGUUCAUCCUGGCAGUCACUGCCAUCAAGGACCUGUGGGAGGAUUAUAGCCGCUACCGCUCCGACAAGGAGAUCAACCACAUGGAGUGCCUGGUGUACAGCAGGAAUGAAAAGAAAUACAUAAGCAGAUAUUGGAAAGAAGUGAAAGUUGGAGACUUUGUUCAGCUUCGCUGUAAUGAAAUUAUACCUGCUGACAUAUUGCUGCUCUCUUCAAGUGAUCCUGAUGGGCUGUGCCAUAUAGAAACAGCUAACCUGGAUGGUGAAACUAACUUAAAACAAAGACAGGUAGUGAGGAGAUUCUUAGAGCUGGACUCAGAAUUUGACCCCUUGAAGUUCACCAGUGUCAUUGAAUGCGAGAAGCCAAACAACGACUUAAGUAGGUUUCGAGGUUACAUUAUACAUAAAAGUGGAAAAAAAGAUGGACUGUUCAAAGAAAAUCUUUUGUUACGUGGAUGUACUAUUAGAAAUACAGAAGAAGUGGCAGGAAUAGUAAUCUAUGCAGGGCAUGAGACCAAAGCUUUGUUAAAUAAUAAUGGACCCCGCUACAAACGCAGUAAGCUUGAAAGACAGAUGAAUGCUGAUGUCCUUUGGUGUGUCCUCAUACUUCUAAUCAUGUGUCUGUUUUCUGCCAUUGGUCAUGGCCUAUGGGUAUGGCAAUAUGGUGAGAAGAGGAAACCAAUUUUUGAUGUUCCAGGGCCUGAUGGCAAAUAUUUAUCUCCUGUUCUAGCUUCAGUAUAUUUAUUUCUGACAGUGAUAAUAGUUUUUCAGGUUAUGAUUCCAAUUUCUUUGUAUGUAUCUAUUGAAAUAGUUAAAAUCUGCCAAGUAUACUUUAUUCAUCAAGAUAAAGAUUUAUAUGAUGAAGAAACAGACUCUCAGCUGCAGUGCCGAGCUUUAAAUAUCACAGAAGACUUAGGUCAAGUGCAGUUUAUCUUUUCAGACAAGACUGGGACCCUUACUGAAAAUAAGAUGGUUUUCCGAAGAUGCACUGUUUCUGGAAUAGAGUAUUCCCACGAUGCUAAUGCCAGACGCUUAGCGAUGUACCAGGAACCUGAUUCCGAGGAAGAGGAAGCAGCCCCCAAAGGAGGAACUUUAUCCCAGCGUGAUAGUAUCUGCAGCCAUCAGAGCAUUAAAGUAGUCCACAGAAGUCAGAGUACCAAAACUCACCGACGCACUGGCAGCAGAGCUGAAGCAAAAAGGGCAAGCAUACUCUCAAAGCAUACUGCAUUCAGUAGCCCAAUGGAAAAGGACAUCACCCCUGACCCUAGCCUGUUAGAAAAGGUGAAUGAAUGUGCAAAGCAUCUGGAGAUCGUGAGGAGCCACGAACAGCCUUUAUCCCACCUGAGCCCUGAACUGUGUGACAUUUUUGACUUUUUUGUAGCUUUGACUAUAUGUAAUACAGUUGUGGUUACUGCACCAAAUCAGCCCCGACAGAAGGUUAGAGAUCGAUUUGAACUAAAAUCGCCAGUAAAAACCAUAGAAGACUUCAUCCGAAGAUUCACUCCAAGCCGCUUGACCUCUGGAUCUAACAGCAGCAGUUCAUCUAGUCUAGCUACCAGUAAAUCAGUGCACAGAUUUGGUUUAAGUGUUCUUUCAUCUACAUCUACUGAGAGCACUUUAUUAAAACUGGAAGAGAAGCUGGCAUACUCUGCACAGAUGAAUAACAAUGGCUACAGCUCACAGCAAGGCAGGACAGCUAUAGGGAGUGGACCUGAGGAAGGAGAACUCCGUUAUGAAGCAGAGAGUCCAGACGAAGCUGCUCUCGUCUAUGCAGCAAGGGCAUAUAACUGUUCCCUGGUUGGAAGGCUGUCUGACCAGGUAUCAGUGGAGCUACCUCACCUGGGAACACUGAACUUUGAAGUAUUGCAUACGUUGGGCUUUGAUUCCAUCAGGAAGAGGAUGUCGGUUGUGGUCAGACAUCCCCUCACAGAUGAGAUAAAUGUUUACACUAAAGGAGCAGAUUCAGUUAUUAUGGAUCUUCUUCCACCUUGUUCUUCAGAUGACCCUCAGGGCAAACAUCAAAAAAAAAUCCAAAGCAAAACCCAGAAUUACCUUAAUCUGUAUGCUGUAGAUGGGCUGCGGACCCUGUGUAUUGCAAAAAGAGUUCUCAGCAAGGAAGAGUAUGCCUGUUGGUUAAAAAGUCAUUUAGAAGCAGAAUCUUCUAUUGAAAAUCGUGAAGAACUUCUGUUUCAGUCAGCGCUGAGGAUAGAGAAGAAUCUGCAUCUGCUAGGUGCAACUGGUAUUGAAGACCGUUUACAGGAUGGUGUUCCAGAAACCAUUGCAAACUUGCGCAAAGCUGGGUUGCAGAUUUGGGUUCUCACUGGAGACAAGCAAGAAACAGCUGUUAAUAUUGCUUAUGCCUGCAAGCUACUAGAUCAUGAUGAGGAAAUCAUCACUUUGAAUGCUGAAUCACCAGAGACAUGUGCUAUCUUGCUGGAACAGUGUCUGCAAUGUGUAGAGUCUAAAUUUUCAAACAACCCAAUAGACGACGCUACUGGAAACAUGACUAUUGGGUUCACCCCUCUCUAUCCACCUUCUUCCCCUGUGCUUUCCAGCUUGGGCCUAGUGAUUGAUGGAAGGACUCUAGCUUAUGCCCUGGAACCUACACUAGAGGAUAAAUUUCUUGCUCUAGCCAAGCGAUGCCGUGCAGUACUGUGUUGUCGCUCUACCCCACUCCAAAAGAGCAUGGUAGUGAAACUAGUCAGAGACAAACUCAAAGCGAUGACCUUGGCAAUAGGUGAUGGUGCUAAUGAUGUCAGUAUGAUCCAAGUGGCAGAUGUUGGCGUGGGGAUCUCUGGUCAAGAAGGCAUGCAGGCAGUGAUGGCAAGUGAUUUUGCAAUCCCAAGGUUCCGGCAUUUGGAGAAGCUCUUACUUGUUCAUGGACACUGGUGUUACUCCCGACUUGCCAACAUGGUGCUGUAUUUCUUCUACAAAAAUGCAAUGUUUGUGGCCCUUCUCUUCUGGUACCAGUUCUACUGCGGGUUCUCUGGCUCUUCGAUGGUUGAUCAGUGGUAUCUCAUCUUCUUUAAUUUACUGUUCUCUUCUCUUCCACAACUGAUUACUGGUGUGUUGGAUAAGGACGUACCAGCUGAAUUGUUAAUUGCUGUACCUCAGCUCUACAAAAGUGGCCAGAAUAUGGAGGAGUACCAGCCACAUAUGUUCUGGAUGAACAUGAUUGAUGCUAUGUAUCAAAGCCUUGUUUGCUUCUUCAUCCCAUAUUUUACUUACUAUGAUUCAGAGGUGGAUAUUUUCUCCUGGGGAACUCCCGUCACCACGAUAGCUCUCUUCACCAUCAUAUUACAUUUGGCUAUUGAAACAAAAACUUGGACUUGUCUCCACUGGUCAUCUUGCAUCUUCAGUAUCCUUUUAUUUUUCUUUGUGGCUCUGGUUUACAAUGCUUCCUGCCCAGUAUGCCAUCCUCCUUCCAAUCCCUACUGGACUAUGGAAAGGCUGAUGGGAGACCCUAUGUUCUAUUUCACUUGCGUUAUAUCACCAGUCAUUGCGCUGCUGCCCAGAUUUCUGUACAGAACCCUUCAGGGGACACUGUUCCCAACUCAGCUUCAGCUUGGACGCCAGUUGAGUAAACUAUCCCCAGAGAUUCGCACCCAGCUUCUGACCAAGUUGAAUGUCAAAAGGGAAGUGAUUGUUCAGACACAGCCCUUUGCAGGCAGCUUCACACCAAACCUUUGCUCAAAUGCUAGUGAUUGUUACACAGCUUAUAACCAAAGCACCCCUUUGCCAGCAUCUCAUCAAAGAAAUGAGUCACUUUUCCCAGAGCCUGCAAGGGCAGAACACGCAACAGAUCGGACCGUGGCUGCUUCUCCCCAAGGUGCUCUGUUGUAUGGGGAAAACAAAAACUCCUCAGCAGCAAGUAGUCCAGGAAGGUCUGUGGGAUUUCAUGAAGUUACCCACAACACUUCAGAGGUGGAGUCAGUGUCUGUCGGAGCAGCUUUCCCAUGGAACUCAGAAGCAGAUCAGUCAGACUUCAGUUUGCUAAAGUGAGUGAUACACCCUUUGAAACAGUGUGUCUGUGCUUGGCUCUUCUUUGCAUGUGGACUUCAAAGGCUUGAAAGAACAGAGCUCAAACAACUUCCAGGACAAAAUGAAAGGGAUUGCAGCUGA